AUGGCCUCUACGCAGCCGCCGCCCUCGCCGCCGCCCCGUCGCGAGCCCACUCCGAGGCAGCUGCCGUUGCCUCUGCGCGUGGCCGCGCUCGUCGCUCUCCUCUCGCUUCCCAACCUCGCGCUCUGCGCCGGUGGCGAUGGAUUCGGGGGCGUCAACGCGACGGCGCCCGGACAUACAAAGGGCUCGCCGACGGUCGCAGGGUCGGCGAACGUGCUGCUACUCGUUGCAGACCAGGUCGGCGCGUGGGCUGUCGAGACGCAGGCCAUGCCAGGCCUGCACACACACUUUGCACAGCGAGGGGCGACAUACACGUCUGCGUAUGCGCCGGCUUCCUGGUGCUGCCCGUCUCGCACGGCAAUGAUGACGGGGCGGCACGAAGCCAGUUUCCGAGCGACAGAUCGGUGGUGCACGCGUGUGCCGCUGUCGAACUCCUCCUCGAGUUCCUGCAACGCGUCGUGCAGGAUGGACGCCGCCGAGCGCAGGUGCGGCGCGCCGGCCACCAGCUCCGCCGACCACGGAAUGGGAUUCGUGCAGCAGCUGCAGCGGAAACAGCCUUGGCGUCGAUUCGUCCACCUCGGCAAGUGGCACCUUCCCUUCUGGCUCGGGCUCGACACCUUCGUGCGGAAUGGUGAACGGGCUUCCGACGUGGUGCUGACCGAUGCAAAGCGGUAUGGACUGCACGCCUUGGACAACACGGCUCCUCCGCUGGUCCACUGCGGCGAACGUCGCAUGCGCGUCGCAUCGUCGUUCAGAGGGCAGCCAGCUGCCCGCAACGCUCCGGCGUGCGCGGGCACUCAGCAGCCUUUGGGCGCCUGUGACUUUCUCUACUACCGUGUAUCCGCUGAGAAACUCGCACGUUGGUGUGCUGGCAACGUGAGCCAAACUCGAUGGAUCGACCCGAAACCCGCUGGGGCGGGCAAGGGCGACAACUCUCCUCUCAGAUCGUCCAUAGACAUCAGCUCGCGAACGAGAUCUUCUGACGAGAUGCUAGCAGAGGAAGCUGCGGGCGCGUUGCGAGCGUUUGGGCAGGACGCCUUCUUCCUCAGCGUGAGUUUCGAAGGAGCGCAUCCGCCGUGGAGCGUCCAGCAGAGGUACAUCGGACCGCGUUCAGAUCUCACGCAAAAGUCGCUCGUGGUUGCAGUUUACCGUGCCAUGGUUGCUCGAGUCGACGAGCAGAUCGGCAGGGUUAUGACAGCACUCGAGGAGCUUGGGCUGUCAGAGUCAACGCUGAGCAUCUUUACUAGCGACCACGGCGCCCUCCCGAAGCGCCAUCAGACCGGGAGCUGGAUGGUCGAAAAGGUCGACGAAGGAACGCGUAUGCGUGAGGGCGUUCGGCGUGUCCCCAUGCUCCUCAAGUUUCCUGGCCGAGUGCCGGAGGGCGCUAUUGUGAGAUCGUGGGCGAACCGCAGCAUCUUGCUUCUCAUCCGGCAAGCUCAGUGGAAGCUCAGCGUGACCGUUAGUGAGGCGCAGCUGCUGGCUCACCGAAGCCACGUGCGCCUCGCAGUGUCCCCCUUCUCGGGACUCCUGAGUGUGGCAUGCCGGCCGAGCUGGUGUCGAGACAUGCGCCUGCUGAACACGGAAACGGCGAGUGUGAUGGCCUUGGGCGAGUCUGGAGACGAGGAGGAUGACGAGAUGGCGAGCCCAUCGGCACGCGCAGCCAAAUCGCACGGACAUUGGAAAUGCUGCUCGUGGGGCGGACCCGCGGUCAGCAAGCUGAGAAAUAUUCGAGGGUGUAUCGUCGAUGUCCCAAAGAUAGUCAGCGUUGCGGAGUUGCGAGAAGCGAUGGGCGCCCCUCUCGAAUAA